GCUUCAAGUACACUUACGCUCGCUAUUCUUCACCUUCUCAACAAAAGUCGUCCCUCGUUCACACGACUUACUUUACGCUACUUUCGAUCUUCUACGUAUUCGUAAUACCAAACACCCUCGUAAUUACGACCACCCAAACCGCCAACAUGCGCUUCAACAACAUCCUUCUUGCCGGCGCCUUCGCCGUUGCCUACGCCCAGGAGACCACCGUCACCACCGUCCCCGGUGUGGCCACUCCCACUGGCGUUGAUGCCGCUGCCUCUUCGGCCGCUGCCGCCAUCAACAGGUGCCUCAAGGAGUGCGACGCCACCGACUCGACCUGCCAGGCUCGCUGCGUCUCCGUCCCUGCCCCCAGCGACGCCCAGGCCAUCGCCCUGGACAAGUGCGUCGGUGACUGCGACCAGGGUGACGGUUCCGAGGCCGAGACCAACGCCUUCGCCCAGUGCCGUGACCAGUGCAUCAAGGAGCACUACUUCGACGCUGACUCCACCAACGGUGCCCCUGCCGACAACGGCAACGCCGCUGCCACGCAGACCACUGGCGCUGCUGCCGGUACCCAGACCGGUACCACCACCGGCACCGCUGCCACCGGCUCCUCUACCGGCACCGCCACUGACUCUGACUCUGGCUCUGACAACGCCUCCGGCACCGCUGGUUCUGAUGCCUCCGAGACCACUGGCGCUGACUCCGGCGCCAGCCUCCUUGUCAGCUCUUCCCUGGGCUUCUUCGGCCUCGUCGCUGCUUUCUUCCUGUAA